AUGUCCAAGCUCAUUUUGAAUGCAGGUCUCUGUUUGAUCAUCGCCAGCUUGGCCUCAACCUCAAGGCUGGUAUGUUACUAUAACAGCUUGGCAGGAAAUAGAGCAGAGGAUGGAAAGUUCACAAUUUCAGAUAUCGAUCCGCACCAAUGUACCCAUCUGAUCUACGCCUUUUCUGACAUUAACAAUAUCAAUGAGCUGGCGCCCAGCAGAGCAACUGACUUGCAACAAUAUCAGUCCUUUAACGGACUUAAAACCAGAAACCCCAAACUCAAAACCCUGUUGGCAGUUGGUGGCAUAACCUUUAACACAAAUAAAUUCAGUAUGAUGGUGUCAGAACAACAAAACAGAACAAUAUUCAUCCAGUCUGCUAUCACGCUACUGAGAGAAUAUAGUUUUGAUGGGCUCAACCUGGACUGGAGGUACCCCGGAGCAGCAGGAAGCCAAUCAGACAACAAGCAGAAAUUUUCACUGCUGUGCAAGGAGCUUAAAGAUGCCUUUGUGGCUGAGGGAAAAAAAACUAACCGUGACAGUUUAAUCGUCACUGCUAGUGUCUCUGCUGAGAAGGCAGUCAUCGAUGCCAGUUAUGAAGUUGCACAGAUUGCCAUGAACCUGGAUUUCAUUAAUGUGAUGACAUUUGACUUUCACGGCCCCUGGGAAAAUGUCACAGGACAUCACAGCCCCUUAUUCCACGGAGCCCAAGACACCGGAGACAAAAUCUACUCUAAUACUGACUAUGCUAUGCAGUACUGGCGGGACCAGGGAGCACCUGCACAGUUGCUAAAUUUGGGACUAGCGGUAUAUGGGCGAGCUUUUACCCUCUCCUCUCCAUCCGGUGAUGUUGGAGCACCAGCCAGCGGUACUGGUGAAGAAGGAUGCUACACUGGUGAAGAAGGAUUCUGGGCCUAUUAUGAGACUUGCCUUUACAUUGAAGGGGGUCAAAUCCAGCUGAUUCCUGAUCAGAAAGUUCCAUAUGCCACCACAGAAAAUCAGUGGGUUGGAUUUGAUGACAAAGACAGUCGUGCUACAAAGGUCAGUUACCUAAAAACAAACAACUUUGGAGGAGCUUUUGUCUGGUCUCUGGACCUGGAUGACUUUAGUGGGCAGUUUUGUAAACAGGGCAACAAUUCCUUCAUCAGCCACCUGCAUACUCUCCUGAAUCCAGGUAAUAAAAAUAAUUACAACAACCCCCACUACUGCAACCACAACACCCACUACCACAACUCCCACGACUACAACCAAAACUCCCACUACCACAACAACUCCACAACUACAACCACAACUCCCACUACCACAAAUCCCAGUACAACAACUCCCACUACCACAACUUCACCUAAUACAACCACAAAUCCCACUACCACAACAGCAACCACAACAGCUCCCACUACUACAACCACAUCCACUCCCACAACUACAACCACAACAACUCCCACUACUGCAACCACAACACCCACUACCACAACUCCCACGACUACAACCACAACUCCCACUACCACAAAUCCCAGUACAACAACUCCCACUACGACAACUCCACCUAAUACAACCACAACUCCCACUACCACAAUCACAACCACAACAGCUCCCACUACUACAACCACAACCACUCCCACAACUACAACCACAACUCCCCCUACCACAACCACAACGACUCCCACUACUGCAACCACAACACCCACUACCACAACUCCCACGACUACAACCACAACUCCCACUACCACAACCACAAUUCCCACUUCCACAACCACAACAACUCCAACUACCACAACCAAAAAUCCCACUACCACAAUCACAACCACAACAGCUCCCACUACUACAACCACAUCAACUCCCACUACUACAACCACAACUCCCACUACAACUCCCACUACUACAACCACAAAUCCCACUACCACUACCACAAUCACAACCACAACAGCUCCCACUACUACAACCACAACAACUCCCACUACUACAACCACAACUCCCACUACAACUCCCACUACUACAACCACAACUUCCACUACAACUACUCCCCUUACUACAACCACCAUAACUCCCACUCCCACAACCUCACCUGGAGAACUUUAUCAACGUUCCUGUGGUGGAAGGCCCGAUGGGGUUCACACCAACCCGACUGACCCACAUUCGUUUUACAACUGUGCCGAUGGCAGAUUGUACAUCCAAGAGUGCCAACCAGAAUUGAUCUUCAAAGAAACCUGCAAAUGCUGUGACUGGCCCUAA